AGACAUUUGAUUUUUUUACAAAGGAGUCCCUUCUCAGAUUCCCGCCCCCAAGAUCACUCCUUUGACUCUCUGGUUCGUCUUCUUCCUCGAAACCAAAAACCUUCUCAAAUGCCUUCUUCAUCUUUGGAAACAAUCAUCUACAAUCGCCACUUGGGCUUCUUAAUUUGGCAGUCAAUCUCUUCCUCUAUCAUCUUUCUUCUCUUUAAGCUCUUCUUCCUCCCUACAGCCUCUUCCUUCUUCUCCACCCUUUUCGCUUUCACUCUCUUCCUCUUUUCCCACUUAACUUUCUCUCUUUCUCUCUCUCUCGUUGCCUCUCCUGCCCCCACGCGCCCCUUUCCCCCCUCCACCUCCUCUUCUCCCCCUUCUCUUCAUGGUCUCUCGAUUUCCGCCGCCGCGCCCUGCUCUCUCUCCGCCUCGGGAUGUUUGUGGCCGUGGUCGCCUUGUCGGGUGGCAUGUCUGUGGCGUGUGUUUGUUGGGUGAAGGAUUAAGACGGAUUUGAAUUUAUUUGGAAGCUGGGAUUAAGGGGUUCUAUUUGCGGCUUUCUUUAUGGUUUGUUGUAUGUUUAUAAUCGGAAAUGGGUUUUGAAGUUUCCCGUUGUUCAGCGUCUCCCUUUCUUCAGGUUUAAGGUGGCAAUCUGUGUUGCUAUUAGAAAAGCCUUACAGUUUUCAGCUGCAGCGUACUUGUUGUCAGCGGUGAUGGUAGUUUUUGAAGCAGAUUCUGAGAAUGUAACCUUUGGAAAGUUUAGUACUGAGCAGAUUAUGUUUUACGUUGGGAUUUUUUCUGUGUUCCUUUGUUGGGAAUUAAGUCACCAUUUACAUCAGUUGUUGGGCAAUGGUUUUGUGACUUCAUAUAAAGAAAGGAAAUGGAUGGCAGGGGACAGGGUUGUGUCUUCCUUUAAGGUUCUUUUGCUGUGCAUAUACAUAUUAUGCAAUAUCCUUACAUUGCUGUGUAGGUGCUUCAUACAAAAAGGUUAGUAUUUGCACCACCAAAAGGAACAGCAGCAGCUGAAACAAACCCAAGUGAGCCUCUUCUUGCAGCUUUGGAGGAGAGCACUUCAAGCUCUGUUCUACAGUAUCUGGCAUAUCUUGAUCUCUGUAUGGUUUGUGAGAAAAAUGUUGAUACUUGGCGGCGAGUUGCUUUCUUGAAGAAACCAGUGAGACUUACAAAAGAGUAAUAGCUGUAUGCUUGAGGCCUAUGGAACAGCUUGCAACAAAGCUGAGUGAAAGUAUGGAAGCUGGUUCUGUUGACAAAGCCUGCGACCUGUCCAGACAGUUGCAGGUGCCAACUGACUUGCAUGUAGAUCCAAAGUCAUCUGAGCCAUUGGACAACUUCCAGCUAUGUGCUUGGUGUGCCCAGGCAGUUUCUUCUUUGACUGCACACUCACGCAAGGUAGACAGGUUUGGGGUUGCUCAACUUUCUGGUAGCCAUGCUGCUGUUAUCACUACCCUUCUGUUCUGUCUGCUUGCUGUUGAAGCUUUUAUGGGGAAAAAAACAAAUUUGCAACCGCCUCAUCAUUUGAUGGGGCCAGCUGGUAUUAAAUGGGCUGCACUGGACACAGGCAGAAGAGACAUUGGAAUGGGUAAGAAGAGAAGUGGCCACCUACAUCCAAAAGCAUAUGCCAUGGCUGAUGUUCUGAAGACCUCAAUCUAUUGUAUUGUCUCUGCUUUCCAUGAUGAGAUGAUUAGUAGUGCCAAAGCCCAUCUUCUUGAGAAAGAUUGGCUUGCCGUUGGAAAGCCUCUUUUUGGCACUCGUGAGCUGCUCUUACAGAAACUGCAACAUUUCCUGGAUUUUCGAGCAUGCUAAGUGCUUCCUUGCCCCAUGUUAACAGUUGUUUUUCUUCCCCAAUCAGAUCGAUGAAUAGUGCGAGAAGAUUUUCUUUUGGCUUUGGCUUUGGGAGAACCGGUAAUUGCAUUUUUCUUGUAAGGAAUACUCAAUACCAUCUAAAAUAGUUAAAGUCUACAACUGAUACAAUACAAAAUGAAUUCUGUAUUUUAGAGUUAGAAGUUACAAAAAGAUCAUUUUUACUACAAUGUAUCUUUGUAGUCAUGAAUCAAUACAAAUCAUAAUUAUCUUCAUAA